AUGAAACUGUAUUGUUUAAGCAGUCAUCCGAACAAGCCUUGUUACGUUCUUAAAUGGCGCGAAGUAACAAUUAUGCUUGAUUGUGGAUUAUCAGCUCAAUCUGUAUUAAAUUUUUUACCUUUACCACUUGUGCACAGUUCAAGACUUUCAAGUUUACCCACAUGGAUGCCAAGAGAUUGUUUAGAUUCAGAGCUUGAUGGGGAACUUAGGGAUUGUUGCGGAAGAAUUCUCAUCGAUUCACCCCCUGAAUUUUCUCCCCCUCAAACUAAAAUUUUAGAUUUUUCUGAAAUUGAUGUCAUGUUAAUAUCAAAUUAUCUUUGUAUGUUGGCUUUGCCCUUUGUAACCGAAGACACCGGUUUUAAGGGUGUAGUGUAUUGUACUGAACCGACUAUGCAAAUAGGAAGAUUAUUUUUAGAGGAGUUAGUCGAAUGGAUUGAACAAAGUCCAAAAUCGAAUGUUGCCAAACAUUGGAAAGAAGUUUUACAUUUGCUUCCUCCACCUUUAAACGAUGCAUUUAAACCUAGAAAUUGGAGGCACAUAUAUAAUAUGCAACAAGUAAAUUCAGCUCUAUCAAGAAUUCAAGUUGUAGGAUAUGAUGAAAAGUUGGAUAUUUAUGGUGCCUUAAAAGCAAUUCCAGUCAGCUCUGGAUACUGUUUGGGUUCUGCUAAUUGGAUAAUACAAACUGAUUAUGAAAAAAUUGCUUAUGUAUCAGGAUCGACAACAUUAACGACACAUCCGAAACCGAUGCAUCAAAAUGCAUUGAGAAAUGUUAAUGUUUUAAUCAUAACUGCUUUAACUCAAACUCCGACUAGUAAUCCUGAUUCCAUGUUGGGUGAAUUGUGUAUAAAUACAGCGAUGACGGUUAGAAAUGGUGGUUGCGUUUUGCUACCAUGUUAUCCGAGUGGAGUCGUUUAUGAUUUGUUUGAAUGCCUUUCUAGUUAUUUGGAUGCAACAGGACUUACCCAGAUACCAAUGUUUUUUAUUUCUCCUGUUGCUGACACAUCUUUAGCUUAUUCGAAUAUAUUAGCAGAAUGGCUGUCACAGGCAAAGCAGAAUAAAGUUUAUUUACCCGAAGAACCUUUUCCGCAUGCAUUUUUAGUUAAAAAUAGUAGGUUAAAACAUUUCAAAAAUAUAUAUGCAGAAAAUUUUAGUGCGGAAUUUCGACAGCCAUGCGUUGUUUUUUGCGGUCAUCCAAGUCUUAGAUUUGGCGAUUCCGUACAUUUUAUGGAAUUGUGGGGUUCGAAUCCAUUACAUUCCGUCAUUUUUACCGAACCGGAUUUUCCUUAUUUAGACGCCAUAUCUCCAUUUCAACCGCUUCAAAUGAAAGUAGUUCAUUGUCCGAUAGACACGAGUUUAAAUUUUACACAAGCAACAAAACUCAUAAGAGAAUUAAAACCUGGGACACUCGUCAUACCUGAAAGUUACACGAAAAAUCCUUUAGGUUCUUCUCAGCGUACCGACCUUCUAAUAGAUGCGCAAGAAAGACCAACGUUAACGAUGAAAAGGGGAGAAGUAAUUAAAUUACCUGUCAAACGUAAAAAAGUCAAAGCGGAAAUGUCUGCGGAUUUAGCAUCAGAAUUAAUCCCGUGCGAAACAAGGCCAGGUGUGUCUUUGACAUCCGUUACCGGAAAACUCAUUCUCAACGAUAACAAAUACAAAAUUGAGUCACUUGAAUCAAAUCAGGAUUUGAAACGUAAAGAAUCAUCAUCAGGUACGUGUGAAGAUUCAGAUACCUGUGGUGAUGUUUUACCUAAAAGAAAACCGACAUACGAAUGGGGAUGGUUGGAUAUUGAUCAAUUCGUACAAAAAUUGUCUCAGGAAGGAAUAAACGAUGCAAAAGUAGAACACGGAAAUCCCGGAUACAUAAUACAUUUGCAAGAAUCAGAUACUCUCAUAACGGUCGAAGAUAGUCAAACUCAUAUUAUUUGCGAAGGAGAUAGACAGUUAAGGUUAAAAUUAAGAGAUGCUCUAUUGCAGUGUUUAAAUAAAUUCUAA